AAGGACAGACAUGGACAGGUGUAAAGGUCAUGAACCCAGAACUCUGUUUCAUUACACAUAAGAUAUUUCUAUUAUCACUAAAAAUUACAGGAAAUCAAUCAGCGUGUAGCUUAGUAAAUAAGUAAAUGGAGAAAAGUUUGUGUUUACGUUUUGUGGGGCAAGUAGAAAGAAAAUUUUGUAAAGGUUACAAGAAUACUCCCUAUUAAAAUAUGUUAUUAACAAAAGGUAAAGGUCACACUUUCCAUAACAAUUUAAUCUCUUAAAAUCUGUAAUGAGGAUGGAUGUGGCGUCAAAUUUGUCAAAGGAAAUGAGAGGUGUUAAAAAUGAUAUGAAAGUUAAAACAGAAAUGAGAGGUGUUAGUGUUAAAACAGAAAUGUUGACUGACCAGAGUAGAGCAGGUGCUAAUAUGUGCUUAUCUAUUGAGCUAUGUGUUGUAUGUGGAGACAGAGCUUCAGGAAGACACUAUGGGGCUAUUUCUUGUGAAGGAUGCAAGGGUUUUUUUAAAAGGUCAAUUCGUAAACAACUUGGUUAUCAGUGCAGAGGAAGCCAGAAUUGUGAAGUAACAAAACAUCACCGGAACCGCUGUCAAUAUUGUAGACUUCAAAAGUGCCUGGCUUGUGGAAUGAGAAGUGAUUCGGUCCAGCAUGAACGCAAACCUAUAAUUGAUAAAAAGGAGUAUCCAAAUAACUCAGGAAGUAAUUACAAUAGCCCUUCAAAUGUCAAUUCUGUUAAAUGUGUUAUUAUUAGAAAAGAUCUUAAUACAGAAGCUGCUGGUAGUCUUUCAAAUCCAUUUAGCCAAUGUGAUAUGGGAUUUCAAUUCCUUGGUAAAAGAAUUGCCAAUACAAACUCAGCUGAGUCUUACCACCUUUCUCCAUCUCAAACUAGUUUGGAUGAUGAAGUUUCUAUGGAUAGCAUUAAUACAGGAAAUGAGUUAACUGAUGCUAUUAAUGUUGCAAGAGAUAAGCAAAUUAUUUCAAAGGCAUUGGAUAUGAUGGCAAGGGUUCAAUAUCUUAAUGGUACUGAUCUCUCUAAGCUUGAUGAUAAUGAUGAACGAAGUAUUGGUUAUGAAGGACCUAUUUUACAAGAUGAUAAUAUAGCUUUUAAUCUUCAAAUACCUGGACCUGUCCCUCCUUACUUACACAUCCAUUAUAUUUGUGAAAGUGGAUCUAGGCUGUUGGUAUUAACCAUACAUUGGGCAAAAAAACUGCCAGCAUUCCAGUUCCUAAGCUCUGAAACACAAAUCGGAUUACUUAAAAGCUGUUGGGCAGAACUAUUUACUCUAGGUUUAGCACAAUGUUCUCAGCCUCUUUCACUAUCAACUAUUCUAUCAGCUUUAAUUAGCCACCUGCAUGCAUCAAUAGCACAGGACAAAAUGUCUGCAACUAAGGUUAAACAAGUCACUGACCAUAUAGUAAAACUUCAGGAGUUUGUUAACUCUAUGACUAGACUACAAGUAGAUGAGGAGGAGUAUGCUUAUUUAAAAGCCAUUACAUUAUUUAGUUCCGAUCAGGCUGAAAUAGUUGCAAGGAAACCAAUUGAGCAAUUGCAAGAAAAAAGUUUUCAAGCCUUGAACGACUAUGUUUCAAAUCAUAUGUCUGGGGAUAAUGACAGAUUUGCUAGAUUGUUGUUAAGACUCCCACCAUUGAGGGCUAUGGAACCUACCAUUCUGGAAGAAUUAUUUUUUGUGGGACUUGUAGGUCAAAUACAAGUGGACAGUAUCAUUCCUUACAUCUUAACAAUGAAUUCUUGUGGCACUAUUGGAAAUAACAGAACUGUGAAAUCUGAAUUAGAAGAGUUUUGUAAAUAGUUUAUUUACUUAUGCAUAACUAUAUUUUUAAAGAUUUUUAUUUAAUUUUAUAGAAUUACUAAUUUUACAUUUUUUGUCAUUGGGAAUGAAUUCUAUUAUACUUGCAUAUAUUUUGCCAAAGAAUAUACUUUUUUAGUUUUUUAUUUACUUAUGUCAUUUAUACCCCUGGUGAUUUUUCUUAACAGUAUUUAUUCUUGUUUGAUUUAAAAAAAAACACUAAUUUUUUUAAUAUGUAUAUCUGUAUAAUCUUAGUUUUUAAUUAAUAUUAGUUUUAGGAAUUUAGUUUAUAUUAUUUUAUUAUUACCAUUUGUAUAAUUAUAGUGUGUGGUAUUAUAAUUAUCAUAGUGGUAUUGCGAUGCAAUAGCCUUACAUAGUUCACUUUAUAUUUUUCAUGAAAUAAUAUUAGGCUGUACUUAAAAUAAAAAGAGUAAUUGUAAACACCAAAUGAAAAUCUGCAUAUAAUGUAAUUGGUUUGAAUGAAGCGUUUAUUUUGUUGUUGUGAUAAUUGAUAGCAUUUGUGCCUUCUUGUCAAAUAUGAUAAAAUAACAGGGACAAAUUUUAAAAUUAUAUUCAAAGCUGAUAUUUCUGGACAAAUAAACUCUUUGAUACGUAAUAUA